UCGUGACUGGAUCACAUGGAUUACUCUAUGAAAGCAGACUCUUCAGCAAACGUUUUGAUAUCUUGUGCCCUGCUGACUGGCGCUGAACACAGUUGUGACUUUGACAAUGGUUUGUGCAAUGGCUGGGCAAACGAUUAUUACCAGGAUGUUUUUGAUUGGACCAACCUGCGUGGUUCCACUCCUUCAUACGAUACAGGACCAUCCUCUGGCCAUGGAGGAUUUGGGAAAUACAUGUAUAUAGAGACAUCUUCGCCUCGGCGUCUUUGGGACAAUGCCAUACUUGAGUAUUCUGUACCAAGUAACGACGUUGGGAAAUCAUCCUGUUUAUCGUUUUAGUAUCACAUGUACGGAGACACAGUUCAUACCCUUAAUGUAUUCAAUGGAGGAACGAAAGUGUUCACGAAAUCAGGAGACCAGGGAAAUCUAUGGUUGAAGGGAAAGAUUAGUAUAGCAACGUUACAGCACAAAAUAAAGUUCGAAGGAAUCAGAGGUACAAGCUACACGGGUGACAUUGCCAUUGAUGACGUAUCCAUCGUCCCUGGAAUUUGUAAAGAAUGCAAAGAGGCGUUGGACCAAUCUUUUGGAAGACUGGACAUAAGAUAUACGAAUAAAUUUGACCCUUACUGUAACUGGUUGAUCGAAAACGGUGGUAUGGCUAAAAAAUUUGCUGUUCUUUCGAUCCAUCAAGUGUACUUUGGCCACAACAGCGAAUACGUCAAAGUGUUUGAUGGAAAUGGGACAGAGGUUGUGUCCAUAGACAGAUGGAAUUCGUCUUCGACACGUUUUCAAGAAAUUUCAUUUGGAUCUUCCGAAAAUGUUACGAUUCAAGCUUCACUUAUCUAUAGUUGGAGUUACAUCAAAAUUGACUACGGUAUUAUGAAUCAAGGUUUGGAAUCAGCUCGACCCCUCGCUAACUGGAACCUUACUGUGACGAACAAAACAACUAAAAGUAUACGAAUAUACUGGAAUAACCCAGUUAAUGAGCUCAGCUCUGGAGUAAGUUUCUACGUGGCCAUUGCUGAAAGAAUGAUGAACACUAGCAGCGUAUCCAACGGAAAAUUACUACCUGGAAACACAACAUCAUCUGAGAUAACAAACCUUGAAAGUUACACGGAGUACAGCAUUUACGUUAUUUUCGUGGAUAGCAAAGGAUCACCAUUUAAAAGUGCAGUUCUUGCAACCAAGACUGACGAAGGAAUCCCGAGCAGAGCGCCAAGUGGUAUACGAGUGACAAGUGUGGAGUAUACAACUAACCUUUUAGUGGAAUGGAACCCUCUAUCUCAGAUCUAUGCAAAUGGGAAGAUUUUGGGUUACAUUAUUUAUUAUAGAGAAAGCGACAAUUGGUGGUCACCGUAUAAAACUGUCAAUACAAGUAGUCCUUAUCCAACGCAGUUCGCGUUGAAAGGACUAAAGCCAGCUGAGAGAUAUCGUGUUGCAGUGGCGGCUUUUACAUCUAAGGGACGAGGACCGAUGUCAUACUCUUACUACGGGACAACGGGUUGUUCUCAAAAUUUAAGAGAAGCCUAUGGGGAAAUAUUCUAUUCGCCAAACAACUACUAUUAUCUUCGUUGUUAUCUAAGCAUCAUGAGAGGUGGUAUACCUGACGCUGUAGCUGUUAUAUCUGUGCAAGAAAUAAAUCUUGAAUACUGCAGCGAUUACACAAAGAUUACCGAUGGAAACGGCACUGAGGUUUUAUAUCAUAAUGGCUGCAAUGAUAAAUUUGCUCCAGAAAUCCUCUUUGAUGUGCAUUUUGGUUUGUCCAAUAACAUUUCAAUUCAAGUAUACACAAGUGGUUCAAGCAGUAGUAUCAAAAUAGAGUACGCCAUUUUAAGGCAGAGCCUGUCCUCGUCCGUUAUUGUCUCAGGAUGGAAUUUAUCUAUAUCAAACUCUGAUUCCUUUGGUGCCACACUUCAAUGGACAAGCCUCGAUGCAGAAGUAAACCAUCAAGCAAAUUUCUACAUAAUUGAGGUUAAAAGCAUGGAUGGCCUUCCAUUAGACGUCCAUACUGUUCCAGGAAAUACCACAACGUCAGUCAUUAAUCGACUCAAACCUUCUAUAAAAUAUCGUGUGGUUGUCUUCGGAGUUGAUAAAAAUGGGACACCCUAUAAGAGUUUACAAAGCAUUCUUACUACUUCAAAGGUGUUCUGCGGAACUCGACCCAGUUCGAUGCGCAUCGUCGGUGGCACAGUUGCCAUUAUAAACAGCUGGCCGUGGCAGGCGAUGCUGUUACAGUAUGGAAGCCAAUUUUGCGGAGGAUCAUUAGUGGAUCCAUACUGGGUAAUCACAGCAGCUCACUGCGUUCAAUGGAAAUCGCCACGUAACGUCAAAGUAAGGCUGGGGGCCCAUUACAGGACAAGUGGAAGUGUUGGGACAGAGCAAGACAUAAGCGUCUCAAACAUUAUAGUCCACGAGAACUACGGAAGUCCAAAAACGUAUAGUAACGACAUAGCUCUUUUAAAUCUCGAAAACCCUGCUGCACUUGGAGUAGGAGUCGGACUUGUCUGCUUGCCGGAUAUUGGAAAUAUUCUUCCCGUUGACCUAAAUAAAACAUGCUGGAUAACAGGUUGGGGAGAUCUGUACUCAGGAGGAUACCAACCGAAUACCCUAAUGCAAGCGUCUGUGCCGCUGGUGUCCAAACAACGUUGUUCGAAUGUUUAUCCAGGAAAAAUCGACGACUCGAUGCUCUGUGCUGGUUUGGAUCAAGGUGGAAUUGACACCUGUCAGGGCGAUAGUGGUGGACCGCUGGUGUGCGAGUUCAACGGCACCUGGUAUCUUGAGGGUAUCACCAGCUGGGGAUACGGAUGUGCUCAAGCUUAUAAGUAUGGCGUCUACGGCAAAGUGCGGGCCCUGGAUUCUUGGGUGCGUGCCAAUAUCUAUAAGGUGGCUCCACCAAGUACAAUACAGCCGCACAAUCAGUCUUCGGUUUCUUUAGUUUGGUGCAGUUUUGACAAUGGUUUGUGUUCUGGAUGGAGCCAAUCCUCUUUCGAUGACUUUGACUGGACGUUGGGGUCAGGGGCGACGCCAUCCUCUUCAACAGGUCCCAGUUCUGGUCAAGGAGGAUCAGGAAAUUAUAUUUACAUUGAGACGUCCUCGCCGAGGAAACCUGGAGAAAAGGCAAAGAUCGUGGUCACAGCCCCCAAAAAAGGGAAAAAAGCGUGUCUUUCAUUCUACUAUCAUAUGUAUGGAGCUUCCGCGGGAAGUCUUAAUGUUUACAACGGAAAUGACACAGUCUUUAAUGUAUCAGGAAGUCAGGGAAACAGAUGGGUGAUGGUGGAAAAAAGUAUACACCUCAAUAGCGAGAUUACAUUUGAAGGAGUAAGAGGGAGUUCUUACACUGGUGAUAUCGCCAUUGAUCAAGUACUAAUUACCGAAGGAAACUGUCCAGUUUCAUGUAGCUUUGACAAUGGGUUGUGCCUUUGGUGGAGCCAAUCCAAUUCAGAUGUCUUUGACUGGAAGCUUCUUUCUGGUUCCACGCCAUCAUCUGGCACGGGACCUUCGUCAGACCGGAGUGGGACAGGAAUGUACAUGUAUACUGAAGCCACAUAUCAGUCAAAGGGUGAUAAUGCAAGGCUCGAACUUUCAGUGCCUAGCGGAAGAUCAUCAUCUUGUCUUACGUUCUACUAUAACAUGUACGGAAUAUCAAUGGGGACGCUAAAUGUCUUCAAUGGAAAUGACAAAAUAUUUACUAAGUCUGGAAAUCAGGGUUCCUAUUGGAAGAAAGUUACCAAAACUUUGCACCUGAGUGACGUUUUGACAUUUGAAGGAAUAAUAGGAACGUCGUUCACAAGUGAUAUUGCUAUUGAUGAUGUCACAAUAAGCGAUGGAAAUUGUCCAGGUUGUGGCGGUGUUUUAAAUAAAUCUUCUGGAGUGGUGCACCUUGCUAACACUGGGAACGAGGACGAGACGCAUUGCAUUUGGACAAUUGGCAACGCCGGUUUAAGACAAUCAUAUGCAUGGUUGUCUCUUCAAAGAAUAUACCUUGGAUAUUGCAGUGAGUACGUCAAGGUCUUUCACGAAGAUGGAACUGAACUAUUUACCCGAGAAGGUUGCCAGUCUUCGCUUCCAUACGGCACUUCACUGGAAAUUCCCUUUGGUGUCUCAAGCCAUCUGACAGUUGACAUUUCCCUUCAGUACAGAUGGAGCGCAGUCAGCAUACAGUAUAUUAUCUCAAAACAAGGAUAUAAUUCUGCCAAACCAAUAUUCUCCUGGAAUAUAACUGUGGACAGUAUAACAUCAUCCUCAGCGACGGUGCGCUGGUCAAAUUUUCCGCUGCCGCUCUCAAUCAAUCACUAUUUGGUGAGGUUCAAGGAGGUUUCUGGUUUCGGCACACUAUUCCAAGUCAGUAGUCACAGCAACUAUUAUUACACCAACAUUCUCAAGGGAUACACAUCUUAUGAUGUUGAAGUUUUAGCUGUGACCACCAGCGACGGAAAUGUUACAUAUUCUAGCAAAACUGUAUCAAUGAAGACAGCAGAGGGUGUUCCCAGCCGAGCUCCGUCGAACGUUCGUGCGGCAAGCCAUGGAUUGAAUGAAUUAUUGAUUCGGUGGGAUCCGCUCCCUCACCAAUACGCCAAUGGUCGACUCUUGGGUUACAAAGUUUAUUAUAAAAACACCGACUAUUACUACUCGUCAGAGAUAUCUGUUAAUACGAGCAACGCUGACGAAACACAGGCUGUACUAGGUGGUGUACAGACAGGCAGCCGUUACAAGAUUUCUGUAGUAGCAUUUACUUCGAAAGGGGAAGGACCCCGAUCUCCAGAUCUCUACUUAACGAAGGAUUGCGAAGGCAUUGUAAACCAAGUAUCUGGUUGGUUAUAUUUUAGUAAUGUGCACUACAGCACUCUCAACUGCAGUGUUCAAGUACAAAACGCUGGAAUCCAACAUGGAUCGGCCCUUAUUUCCUUUCCGAGCAUAUACUUUGGAUAUUGCAGCGAGUAUAUCAAGAUUUUUGAUGCCAAUGGUGUUCAGGUGUUCCAUCGUGGGGGAUGUGAUUCCACAACUAGCGGAUUGUCCGUGGAAGUCCCAUUUGGUGGGCAUAGUAUUACGCUCGCAUUUCUUUUUUCGUACCGGUAUAGUUACGCCAGUGUCCAAUACGCGAUAUUAUAUCAACCCCUAAGCUCAGCUCAAUUGCUCCCAUCUUGGAAUAUCAGUAUCUCUGAUACUACAACCUCGUCGAUGACAGUGCAAUGGUCCAACUUCCCUAUGACAAGUCAGUCCAUUCAACGACUUUUAGUGAGCUACAGGGAGCACAAUUCAAACGUCAGCCUUAUUUUUGAGACUCAAAGUUAUUACAAUACACAUUACACUGGUAAAAUUCUUAGGAGUUACCAAUACUAUGACGUGCAAGUAAUUGCUGUGGCGUCAAAUUCUAGCAAUGGUACAUUUUCCAGUAGGAAGGAGAUCGCAAGGACAAACGAAGGAGUUCCCAGCAGUGCACCAUCGAAUGUACGCUUGACAAAUCUGCAGUCCCAUGAGGUGAAGGUUCAAUGGGAUCCCAUACCUCCAGAGACGGCUAAUGGAAUAUUGCUGGGAUAUAGAGUGUUCUAUCAAGAGUACUGGUAUUCAGGUAUGCUUCAAAGCAUGGAUACCAACAGCCCCAAAGUUCACAUGCUGAUACUAAGGGGUCUGAAGUCAGCACAGAGAUACCAAAUAUCGGUGGCAGCAUUUACGUCCCAAGGAGCAGGAUCGCAGUCAUACUUGCGAUACAUUACAACAGGUUGUGGUGGACCAUUAAACCAGUCAUUUGGACAGGUGCACAUUGGCUCAAACAGAAACUACUACUAUUUAAGCUGCACCUGGAACAUCGUAAAUGUGGGCAUACAGCGAGCAGUCGCCUUCAUUUGGAUAAAUGACCUUUAUUUUUCUUAUUCAUAUGACUAUUUAAAGAUCCUGGACGGAAAUGGCUCUGUAGUUCUACAUCAACAUAGGUACUCUGGUAUUCAGGAGAACAUUCACUUAGAAGUUGAGUUUGGAAACGCUGGGAACAUCACCAUCCAAACCUCCCUUUCGAGUUCAUACAGUCACUUUCAGCUUAGCUACGGGACUUUGAAAGGAGGCCUCCAGUCAGCUUUGUCGACUGCAAAUUGGAACGUUACAGUCGGAAAUGUCACUUCUACAAGUGUCAGCGUCUUCUGGAUGAACCUGGAAUUAUUGAUUGGUGAACAAGUUUUGCAUUACAUCACUUUAAUAAGAAGUGCUAAUGGUAGCAGUGUCUUAAAUGCUCUGAUCACUAGUGGAAACAUCACGUCUGGGAAUAUUUCCGGGUUAUCAGCAUACACGGAGUAUCAAAUAACCAUUGUUGGCGUUGGAAGUGACGGGCAAGCGCACAACAGUUCAAAUUCAACAUUUUGGACAGAAGAAGGAGUUCCCAGCAGAGCCCCGUCCAAUGUUCGACUGUCGAACCUACAGCAAAAUGAGAUACAAGUACAAUGGGAUCCACUUGCACAGCAUUAUGUAAAUGGACGACUACAGGGAUAUAGAGUGCGUGUUUAUGAGUAUGAAUAUUACUAUUAUGGAUUGCUUGUACAAACUUUGGAGACCGUUGGCCCCAAUGUUCACAUGAUGAAGGUAGGAGGUCUGAAAAAUGCACAGCAGUACAGAAUAAGCGUGACAGCUUUUACUUCGAAGGGAGAGGGCCCACAAUCUUACUGGCGAUACAUCACAACAGGAUGCGGAGGAAGCGUAAAUCGGUCAUUCGGCGUGAUACAAGUUGGACGAAGGGGUUACUAUUCAAGUUCUCUAAGAUGUAACUGGGCGAUUGGAAACUCAGGAAUCAACCAAGCCGUCCUGAUUGUAUCUUUUGAAGAUCUAUAUGUUUCAAGCUACUAUGAAUAUGUAAAGAUCAUCGAUGGAAAUGGGCUAACAGUAUUUUAUCACAAUGGAUAUUCGUCUUCUCCUUUGAAAACGUUCUUGCUCGUUAAUUAUGGGAAUGGAAAUAAUGUCAAGGUGCAGAUUUACUUCUAUAAUAGGUGGAGUCAGUUCAAGCUUAAAUACGGAAUCGUAAAUCAGGACCUUCAGUCAGCUGCAUUUGUCUCCAACUGGAAUGUAACCAUUGGAAACACCACAGAGAAAAGCAUCGGGAUCCAGUGGGAAAAUUUGAACGAAGUGCUAAAUCAGCAAAUUCUUCACCUCUUCGGGCUUCUGCAGACCUCCAAUGGAACCGUUUUGAACGCCAAGAUCAUGUCUGGAAAUAUGACUUCGGUUGUAUUCGAUGGACUUUCAUCUUAUAAACAAUAUUCUGUGGCUAUUAUUGGCGUUGACAAUAACGGACAAGCCUAUAAGAGUGCUAAUAUCACAGCUUGGACGGACGAAGGAGUUCCCAGCAGAGCACCACUAAACAUCACCUUCACAAAUGUUGAGUCUACUAAGCUAACUGUCCACUGGGACCCUCUUUCACAGCAAUAUGUCAAUGGAAGAUUGCUAGGAUACAGAGUUUACUUCCAGGUGUUCACUUAUUAUUAUUCUCCGCUCAAGAAUAACAGCGUAACCGUCAACGCUACUAAAAUAACUUUGACAGGAUUAAAUCCAGGCCAACGGUAUGAUGUUUCUGUGGCCGCCUUCACUUCCAAAGGUGAAGGACCAAUUUCCUACCGCCACUACGUCACGACAGCUUGCGAGAUCACUUUAAACCAAUCCGCUGGACUGAUAGAUGUGAUACAUACAGAUUAUAAGAAUCUAUACUGCAACUGGACAAUCGGCAAUUUUGGAAUAACGAACGCGGCUGCCCUUUUUCUAUUCGACCAACUUGCCUUUGUUUCUUGCAGCGAGCAUGUGAAGAUUUUCAGCGGCAAUGGAACCCUCGAAUAUCACAAACAGGGUUGCUGUCCUAACAAUCCAGGAUCCUAUGUUGAAAUUCCUUUUAUGCGAUCCAAUAACAUUGCAGUCAAUAUUUUAUUGACUCAACUACAAAGUCGGAUAACAUCUCACUUUGUGAUACUAAAACAUGGCCUACAUUCAGCUACUUAUACUCCUGGCUGGCUAGCGUCAGUAGACAAUAUCACAAGCUCAAGUCUUUUAAUUCAGUGGAGUAACCUAACCAGCUUUAUAAAUCGAGGGAUACUUCACUACAUCGUCCUUCUCUCGUCCUCCAAUAAAAGCGCACCACACCAUGCUAUUGUAGAUGGAAGUAGACUUGAUUUAGAAAUUAACGGACUGGACCAUUCACAAAGCUAUCAAAUGGAAGUGUUUGGUGUGGACGCACUUGGCUAUUGUUACAAGACUCUGGAAGUGAAUGCUACUACGAAAAAUGUGUCAUGCGGAUAUCGACCAAGUGGCAUGCGUAUUGUUGGUGGGUCAGUCGCCCCAAUCAAUAGCUGGCCCUGGCAGGCGAUGCUGCGGGACAGUUAUGGUUCGCAGUUUUGCGGUGGUAGUUUGAUACAUCCGUUGUGGGUUGUCACAGCCACUCACUGCGUAGAAGGAAAAUCCGCGUCGUCGGUGAAAGUCGUAUUGGGGGCACAUUACAAAACUUAUGGUAAUGUCAGCACAGAGCAAAGUUUUGAUGUUAUAAAAGUAAUUGAACAUGAAAGAUACAACAGUCCAAAUAGCUGGAGCAACGACAUAGCUCUACUACAGUUAUCAAAACCGGCUAAGCUUGGAAAAGGAGUUGGGCUUGUUUGCCUUCCGGAUACAAGUUUUCAGCUUCCUUUCGAUAAUCCUAACAAAAAGUGCUGGAUAACUGGCUGGGGUAGACUUUCGUACUAUGGAAUCUCUCCCAACGAGUUGAUGCAAGUUGAUAUACCUCUGGUAUCAAAACAGCGCUGUCUUGCGUCAUACCCAGGUAAAAUCGAUGACUCCAUGAUAUGCGUUGGCCAAGAUCAAGGUGGAAUAGGAGGUUGUCAUGGCGACAGCGGUGGACCACUUGUAUGUGAGUUCAGUGGAAAAUGGUAUCUGGAGGGAGCUACUAGUUGGGGAGGAUUGCCCUGCGCAGACCCAUUGAAAUACACUGUAUAUGCCAACAUUCGCCAUUUAAAGUCGUGGAUAACAAGCAAGAUGUCCUCUUUCCCUGUUCCUGGUUUAACGGCGUCCAACCUAUCAUGCAAUUUUGACAAUAGUCUGUGUUCGGGCUGGGAGCAGUCUUACUCAGAUGAUUUCGACUGGACGCGACGUUGGGGUUCAACUCCAUCUUCGUCCACAGGACCAUCCUACGACCACACUAGUGGAUCAGGAUAUUACAUGCACAUCGAGGCAUCGUCCCCUCGAGUUAAUGGUGAUAAAGCAAAGCUUGAGCUCUCCUUAUGCGGAAAUGGAGAUGAGGCUUGUCUUACAUUCUACUAUCACAUGUACGGAUACACCAUGGGGACCCUGAAUGUCUUCAGUGGAAAAAAGGUUGUAUUCAGUGCCUCAGGAAACAAAGGCAACUACUGGCAGAAGGCCGAAAGAACUAUUUAUUUGGACAAAGUUGUCACGUUUGAGGGGAUAGUAGGAUCAUCUUAUGAGGGAGACAUUGCCAUUGAUGACGUUUCGAUUAAGAGAGGACGCUGUCUUGGGCAGACAGCGUAUCCAACAUUACUUCCAACAGUUGUUACAUCACCAGCAACCACCUCGUGUAAUUUUGACAGUGGACUGUGCUCUGAUUGGUGGCAGUCUUCCUCAGAUGUCUUUGACUGGACACGAAAUAGUGGAUCGACGCCAUCUUCUAACACUGGCCCAGACUACGAUCACACCACAGGCUUUGGCUACUAUAUGUACAUCGAAGCGACUUAUCAAACUGAUGGUGACAAUGCCAAGUUGAUGCUCUAUUUAAACGGAAACGGAGAAGUCUCUUGCCUUAGGUUCUAUUAUCACAUGUAUGGAGAUACUAUUGGGGCACUUAAUGUCUACAGUGAAAAUCAUUUAAUAUUUAACUCUACUGGAAAUCAUGGAAACCGUUGGAUAAAGGCAGAAAGGACAUUUCAUUCAGAUACAACAUUGACAUUUGAAGGAAUAGUAGGAUAUUCCUUCACUGGUGACAUAGCCAUUGAUGACGUCACCGUAUCCAGAGGAAGCUGCUCAGGACAAAAUCCAUCUCCAACAUGGUAUCCGUUACCGACAACCCUUAAGCCUUCUUCGAAACCUAUCAGUUCCAGCAAUGUGACCACUACGUACACCCACAAACCGUCCAUACCAGUCCACACAGUAUGUUCUGACGACCCUGGGCUCCCCAUUUGUUCCCAACUUCCUACCUAUGGAAUUUUUUGUACAGAAUAUUUCAACUGGACUGUCAAGAACUGCCCUAAAUCAUGCGGAUUUUGUGGAGAUAACUGUUCUGAUGACCCAGCCUAUGCCAGCUUCUGUUCAGCUGGCUCCAAUUAUAAUGGCUUUUGUCAAAAUAACCAAAAUUGGACGAUGAAGCAUUGUCGAAAGACAUGUGACUAUUGCUCAGUUGAUUCUCCAACAACCGAGGGGAUUUUUACGUCGACCCACGUGCUGACUUUCAAUCCGACAGAUAUUCCUCGCACUCCAUCAACAAAGGAAAUGCAGGAAGCAGUAAUGUUAAAAAUGACAGAUUUUGAUAUGAAGAAGUGGAAGGAGAUGGAAGCGGAUUUUAAACGAGAAGUUGCAAGUGCAGCUAAUAAAUAUUGUGCAGAUGGUGGAGCAUCUUGUCAAACAAGUCUUCGUCGGAGACGAUCAUCUGAUAGCAUGAAAUUUUCAGCCGAUAUGGUUCAGAUUGUGCCUGGUUACCCAAUGCCGUCACCGGUUGAUCCUAGCAUAACGUUGUUGGCGUUCUACCUACAGCUUCCUGGGGGUGUCAGAGAUAGCUUGGUCAGCGAAGAUGUCCUGAAAAACAUCGUGAAAAGCGAUAUGAAAUCUAUUGAAGGGUCGAUGGGUGUUAGCAUCAAAAAUGUCGAGUCAAUGCCUCUACCUCAGAAUAAAGAAGAUCAAGAAGAUGAGAUAGAUGACGAAAGAUCAGCCUCAACCUCGGUUAUAGUGGGUGUUGCCCUUGGAUCCCUGUUCUUGCUGGGGUUUAUCAUUGCUGUCACCCUGAUUAUCAAAUCUACCAGGUUCGGCCCCAGAUGUCGCGUGCUGUCCACCGACAAAGUCAAUCAAGGAAGUGAUGUGGCUCAAGAAGCUGUGUAUGAGAAUACAGAUAUGCAUGGUGCGACUUUAAACAAACCAAGUGUUAUUGCUUACGACAAUAGAGCAUACGUGUCUGUAGGGCAAGCUACUACAUUAGCGCAGCAGAGUGGAGUAAUGCCUAUCAAAAAUGUAAGCGAAAAAUUAUACGGGCAACAGAAUCACUCAGCAAGCAAGAGCGUGCAUUUGUAA